AUGAAGGGGAAAGGUGGGUCUUCACUUCCGCCCUGCCCACCGGCCACCCGCUGGGUGAGCCUGGCCAAGCCAGUGGCCUCCUGGGUGCCCAUUUCUCUUUCUGGCCCUGGCACCGCCUACCAAAAGGAAAAGAUGUUCUUCCCAGUGUGCACCUUCCCUAGCUACUGGCUGAAGAGAACAGGGGCAGCUGGCCAAAGCCAGCCCCCCUCCCCAUCCCAGCCCCAGGCCCAGGUCCUGGUUCCACUGCCACCCCAGCUCUGCAGGCUCCCGGACGCCCUUAGCCAGCUGACUCCUGACACCACUCACCCCUCCCGGGUGAGGCCUGCCGUGCCACACUGGCCUGAGAUGUGGGGGAUGAACUCACUGCAGAAGCAAGACCUCCGCAGGCCCAAGAUCCACGAGGCAGGGCGGGUGUCUCCCUACCAGCCGCCCACGCUGGCCUCGCUGCAGCGACUGCUGUGGGUCCGCCGCGCUGCCACGCUGAGCCACGUGAAUGAGGUCUGGCCCAACCUCUUCCUGGGAGAUGCGUACACAGCCCGGGACAAGAGCCAGCUGAUGCAGCUGCGCAUUACCCACAUUGUGAACGCAGCCGCAGGCAAGUUUCAAGUGGACACGGGCGCCAAGUUCUACCGAGGAAUGCCCCUGGAGUACUACGGCAUCGAGGCCGAUGACAACCCCUUCUUCGACCUCAGCGUCUACUUUCUGCCCGUUGCUCGAUACAUCCGAGCUGCCCUCAGUGCUCCCCAGGGCCGUGUGCUGGUCCACUGUGCCAUGGGGGUCAGCCGCUCUGCCACGCUUGUCCUGGCCUUCCUCAUGAUCUGCGAGAACCUGACACUGGUUGAAGCCAUCCAGACAGUGCAGGCCCACCGCGAUAUCUGCCCCAACUCGGGCUUCCUCCGUCAGCUCCAGGUCCUGGACAACCGGCUGGGCCGGGAGACGGGGCGGCUCUGAUGUUACAAGCAGCCCAGCGGCCUGAUCCUCCCACCAG